AUAAAAAUAGAAAUCUUUUCGUUAGUCUUCUUCUUGGUUUUUAACUUUGCAAAAUUUGUCAAGUCAACUGUACAGAUUCCGUGUAGCAUUGCAAUGCAAUAAGAGGAUCCAAAUUCCCUGUCUUGUUCUUAUGACUCCGUAAGAUUAUUAUACAAACCGCCAAGUCUGUCACUCUGUUCAAUAAAGCCAUGGUUGGGGUUACUGUGAAGAGGACACAAGCAGUAGGACCCACGUUCGAGGUCACCCAGCUGAGCUGCUUCAAACUGUCCACCAAUCGGGGCGUUCAGUUGCCGCCGCUGAUGAUGAAGGGUCAGAUCCGUCCGGAUCAGGUAGAGAACGCCACAUUCCGGGUAGUCCUGGCCGAUCGUCAUCCCCUCGGCCAUCAACAAUUCAACGCGCUGAUAAGGCGGCUGGUCAAGUGCUUCAUGUCGGAGGUGGAGAUCACAAAGCGGCUACGGAAGGUAACCUCCAAGCGCCCCGCUAAUCCGGGUGAGUUGCAGCUCAUCCGGCACCUGGAGGCCCUGCGUCGGAACUACGAGACGGAGCGAUCCGCCUUGGUGGUGAAGCUCAGUCUGGACAGCCGAUUCAAUCUGUGUGCUCCUUAUGCUGCGCACCUUGGGGACGCCCAGCCAAGCAAGUCCAAAACAUCACGAAAGAGCAAUCCUCUCGAGACUCCUUCAAAGGACAACAAAGCUAUACAAAAAUCCACGAGUCGCAAGAACGAGCAUGACAUACGAACAAGGCAGCGACAAAGGGGAGGAUCCCUGCCCAAAGUGUGCAAACAUGUCGUAACGCCUGGAAGUCUGAACCCGCGACUCAUGGAGAAGCUCUACAGGUUGCAGGAAACCUUUAUAUCGUACUUUGAACGUCCCCAAGUUAAAGAAUCUUUUCCGGCCAAUCAAAAUUUAUUGGGGUCAGUCAACAACGAUCUAUCGGCUCAAGUGUCGCCGAGUUCUUCUGACGUAUUUUACGAUUUUCCAGAUAUAGUUGUUUUUUAGACAUGAAAUAAUAUACUGCCUUUUCGGAUUACAAGUUAUUUUGACCUGCCAAUUUCCAUCGAUAUGCCAAGACCCAUGUUGCCACAAAAUCUAACGCCCAAAACUGCCACACCCACACUUCUGGAAAAUGUUGCCAAAAAGUUGUGUGCCACGUCCACUCUAACGCCCAAAGCGAAAAAAUUUGUUGACUUUUUUUCCUAAUAUUAUUAGUUUUGUAAUUUCCAAAACCCUUUUAAUCUUUUCAUGUAAUUCUUUUUGUCCCUCUUUCUAUCAAUAUGCCAAAAAAUGUAAAAAUAUCUUGUUCGCACUUCCCCAGCUGAG